AAACUAAUCUGUCAAAUAUGUGUGGCAUACUUUUACCGCAGUAAUGAAAGUCGGGAAUAAUGUCGGACUGAGAUUUCUCCCAGUGACAGAAACAGGCGUUUCCGCGGCAGAAGUGAUAUGACAUUCUACUGUUCUGCUUCUGUCACGCGGAGAUGGCAGUGCUGUCAUCCGUGACGCUGUAAUACAGAGAUCAUUUGUUACGUCUCGCGGGAAAUCGCCCAGAUUAUUGUCUGCCAUCCUUUUUUCGCUCCCUCCCCUGCCAAUUGGUAACUUUUCAUUCACGCUUGUCGGGAUUUGUGAUUGUGGCGAGAGUCGCUUCGCUUCGGCGACAUGGCUGAAGCUGAUGCUUCCUCUGCAGGGGAAAAACAUUAUGUGUGAGUGUCAGUGUGUCUGCAUGAGUAGUGGGAUAAAAAAAAAGAGAAUGAAAGUGAGAGAGAGAGAUAGAUAGGGAGAGGGAGAGAGGAAGGAGGAGGGUGGGAAGGUGGAGAGACCUGUUACUGAACUGCAGCUCUCUCCCUGGGAAAGCAAGGAGCUUGGUGCCAGGCGAACACAAGUAUAGCGCCUUUCUUCAGUGACCGACAGAGCUGCACUUCUGAUGUUCCCUAACCCAGUGGACUACUACAAUUUCUUGUGCGCCUUCAAAAGUUAUUUUUUCUUCAUAAGGAGUCCAUACGCCCGAAAGAAAUCCGGCUUGCAUUUAUAGUGAUAUAAAGAACGACUGAAAUUUCAUCAAUGUUUUGAAAACGACGAUAUUCAUACCCAGCAAAACAUGUGGGGAAUACCCAGGACUCGGUACGGGGACUGCAAUGGAUCGCAAGCCAGCGAGGACACCGAGAUCGUUGUGAACAUCGGCGGGGUGAGGCAGGUACUUUACGGGGACGUGUUAAACCGCUAUCCCGAGACCCGGCUGGCAGAGCUGCUCAACUGUUCCCCUGGGAAUGUCGAUGCUAUAUCGUCUCUGUGCGAUGACUACGAUCCGGGUAAAGGGGAGUUUUACUUUGACAGAGAUCCGGACGCUUUUAAAUGUAUCGUCGAGGUGUAUUACUUCGGUGAAGUCCAUAUGAAACGGGGUUUCUGCCCCAUCUGCUUCACUAAGGAGAUGGAAUUCUGGAAAGUCGACCCCAGCUUCCUAGACGAAUGCUGUAAGAGUAACCUCAACGAGAAAGAGGAAGAGUUGGCGGAAAUAGCCGAUAAAGUAAAACUUAUCCUGGAUGACCUACAAGGGGACCCAGCCGCUGGUCGCUGGGAGCGCUGCCAGAAGUUCCUAUGGAAGCUGAUGGAGAAGCCGGAGUCCUCGCUGCCUGCGCGGAUCAUCGCCAUAGUGUCCUUCCUCUUCAUCCUCAUCUCCUCCGUGGUAAUGUGCGUGUCCACCAUCCCAGACGUGCAGGUGGUGGACGCCGAGGGGAAUCACGUGGAGCACCCUACCCUGGAUGCCAUCGAGACGGCGUGCAUCGGCUGGUUCACCGUAGAGUACGUAGUGCGCCUCAUCUCCUCCCCUAACAAAGUGCACUUCGCCCUGUCCUUCAUGAACAUCGUGGACUUCAUGGCUAUCAUGCCGUUCUACGUGGUGCUGACCCUCACCUACCUGGGCGCGGCGAUGAUGGAGCUCGCCAACGUGCAGCAGGCGGUACAGGCGCUGCGCAUCAUGCGCAUCGCCCGCGUCUUCAAGCUGGCGCGCCACUCGUCCGGGCUGCAAACCCUUACCUACGCGCUGAAGAGGAGUUUCAAGGAGCUGGGUUUGCUGCUUAUGUACAUGGGUGUCGGUAUCUUUGUUUUUUCGGCGUUAGGUUAUACUAUGGAGCAGAGCCACCCGGAAACCCUGUUCAAGAGCAUCCCACAGUCUUUUUGGUGGGCCAUAAUCACCAUGACGACCGUUGGCUACGGAGACAUCUACCCCAAGACCACUCUGGGCCGAUGUAACGCCGCCAUCAGUUUCCUUUGCGGGGUGAUCGCUAUCGCGUUGCCUAUACACCCCAUCAUCAACAACUUUGUCAUUUACUACAACAAGCAGAAGGUGCUGGAGACCGCGGCCAAGCAUGAGCUGGAGUUGAUGGAGCUGCAGUCCGACGAGAGGCCCGACAAAGUGCCCCGCAGGUGCCGACGAUCCCCUGAGGCGGAGGGCAUGUGGGGGAGCCCGGUGCCCGUCGCGCUCGGCGACACCUCGAUGCCGCUCCUGACUGACUGUAACAGGACGCGGCUCCAGAGUUGUAAAUGAACGCAAACCCAGCGCUGGGUUAAAGCCCAUCUCUCUGUCCAUGUCGCGCCUUGAACUUGAAGACACUAUUUAAUGUAUUUUGUAAUAAGCCCCGUAGCGUGGAAGGAAGUCGCUUGAGGAAGUUCUUUCCUUUGUUUUUAAAAAUCAUUUAAAACAUCGCUAUUCAUGUAUCAACUGUUGGAUGUUCAUUAAAUGAUUGUUUAAUAAACAACUUGCAUGAAA